AUGUCGAUCCUUAAGCUAAAGCUCAUUAAAGCUUACUUUAUCGACAAUCUCAACAAAGGUUUUAUCGAACCUUUAACAGCGCUAUUUGCAGCUCUAGUCCUGUUUGCUAAGAAGCAAGACGGUUCCUUUCGCUUUUGUAUUGACUUCCGCGCAUUAAACAACCUUACUCGUAAAGAUCGAUACCCUUUCCUUUUGAUCGAUAAGACCCUCGCACGUCUCUUAAAAGCUAAAAUCUUUACGAAACUCGACAUUCGGCAAGCUUUUCAUAGAAUACGGAUAGACCCAGCUUCAAAAGAGCUCACAACAUUUAAAACGCGCUACGCUCCCGCUAAGCUCAACUACGUCGUCUACGACAAAGAGAUACUAGCUAUUAUACGCUCUUUUGAUAACUUCCGCGCCGAACUCGCUAGCUCUCUUUACCAAGUUCAAGUAAUCACCGACCACAAAGCCUUAAAUUUCCGACGUCUAAAACUUGCGCUCGUUAUUCGUCCGAAAAGUCUACGACCAACCAGAUUCGUCAACCAAUACUACCGCAACUACUACGCUUGCAGACGAGCUUCAGUGCUUCGCGAUAAGAAACCUGUAAUCGACCGCUUCUUUAAGCAAGCAAUCUCGAUCCUUUGUCACAAGUCCAUCGACGCCAAAGGCCUCGCCAAGCUUUAUAUCUACUACAUCUAUAAGUAUUUUAAAGCUCUUUUGACUUUGACUUCUAAUAAAGGACCUCAAUACUGGUCCGAGUUCUAG